UCCUGGAUGAUCUGUGGUUGAACCAGAAACCAUCUGAUCAGCACCUUCGUCUACAGAGUGAAUUGAGAUUCUUUGGAGCCUCCAGUCUACAGCAGAUCAAGCCAGACUUACAAACAUCAACCAACGUCGUACUGUGAUUUGAAAGAUCUGAGUAUGGCUUUCAAGCUAAUAAUCAUCCUGCUUGGACUGAGUCUCACUGGUCUUGUUGUUGGACGUUGCCCUGAACCCGAAACUCUCCCGUACAAAGUAAAUACGAAUAAAUUCCUUUGCGCGCGCCUCUAUGAUUACGGUCACCGCGACAAACUGUUAUCAUGCACCGGAGCUUCGUGGGAUGUUCUCAACGGGGAGACCUAUCCGGGUAGAGGUUGUGAUGGGUGGAAUGACCGCGUUUCUGCGCUGGUUGUACGACCGGGUUGCACUUUGACUGCCUACGUACACGGCCAAUUUAGCGGACCUAUUAUGAAAUAUACCGGCAGUAAACCUCAUCUUGGAGGUUGGGACAAUUAUAUGUCUUCGUGGUCAUGCAGUUGUCCCUACACUGACGCCCCGUUGAACUGUGUACCGCUAGAUAGAGUUACUGCGAUGAAAACUUGCGACAAUACCAAGGGUGACAAAAUGGAGUGCGUGUAUUCUGUACAGAAAGGCAUGGUUUUAGGAAGAUCUGUUACUCAUGGAAGGAGUGUGUCGACUUCCGUCGAAGCAUCGAUUGGAGCCGUCUUUAAGGAAAUUUUCUCAGUUGGGAUGUCGGUGUCACAUACUACAACACAUGACUGGUCGAGUAGUCAGAGUGAGGAGUUCAGCAGGGUCGUUACUCACACAGUUACUUGUGGGAUUCCAAUAGGUCGUCGCCUGGCAGUGAAACAAGUCGUCGGUGUAUGUGGGGACACAAAAGUGUACAGCAAUGAGUAUCGAUGUGAACUUCUAACAGGUGAUAAUGAAGAGAGAGUAAUAGACGAAAAGACCUGGACAGAUGUGACCGAUGAGGAAGCCAAUCUGACAAAUGAUAUGCCAGAAUAGUGUCUUGUUCGGCCUAUCAACACAUAUCAAAUGCGCGAUUCGAUGUAUGAGCGUUGGAAUUCAACCCUGAUUAUAUAAUUGAUAGUUUAUCUUCAUCUUGUCCGUGGUGAUUCUUACAUUAACUUGUAUUUGGUUUUAUAGUCUUCAUUAAAGGGGAAUGGAACCUUUGAAUCAAGUAGGCUUGUGUCGAAACAGAAAAA